CCUAUGUCAUUUACUAUUUUCGCGCCAUUUCAAUAACAAGUCAUUUUCGAUUUUGGGAUUGCGAAUUUGGAUAGGAUUACAGAUUUUACUGUUGAGAUUCACUAAAUUCACUUUACCGGUUACGUUCAGGUUCAUCUAUAUUUCAUAUUACUUACUGUACAUUCCAAUAACAGUAUUCACUAUUCAGUUAUUCAGUCUACUACAACGUUUGUGGGUUUUUUCAAAUAACAUCAAGCAAAGUUGUUAUUUUUAAUUUUAUCCAAUAUUCCCCAGUUAAAAAGUUUUCCAAUAUUUUACAAAACAUACUAUUUGGAUUAAGAAGGAUGUCAUCUAAUCCAGAAGUAACUUUAAAAUUCACACGUUUAACGGAAAAUGCUUUCCCUCCUGUUAAAGGUUCUGAAAAAGCAGCUGGUUAUGACUUAAAAAGUGCCUAUGAUUAUAUAGUUCCAGCAAGAGGUAAAGAGUUAGUUAAAACAGACUUGCAAAUUGAACUUCCAUCAGAAUGUUACGGACGGGUAGCACCUCGUUCUGGUUUAGCUGUUAAAAAUUUCAUUGAUGUAGGAGCUGGUGUUAUUGAUGAGGAUUAUCGCGGUAAUGUUGGUGUGGUUCUAUUCAAUCAUUCUGAUCAAGAUUUUCUUGUGAAGAAGGGAGAUAGAAUAGCUCAACUAAUAUGUGAACGAAUUUACUAUCCUAAAUUGGAAGAAGUUGGAGUAUUAUCGGAAACAAAUAGAGGUGAUGGAGGAUUUGGAUCUACUGGAACCCAGUAAUGUACAAAUUAAAAACACCAAAUUUUAGUACAUAUAAAUUUCUUAUUAAUAAUAAAAAAUAUCUGAAAAUA